UGCGGUUUUGCAUACAAUACAAUCCAUUCCCUCUCACCCUUCAGUUUAAUUAUAAAACCAUUCUGCAAGAGCAUUCGACACUGGUCAUUUCGUUCCUUUCCCCCUUCCAUCUUGUUAGGGUUUUGCGGUGUUGCCGGUAAUUCCUAUUUCUUCCCUCUCACCACCACCGGCUACAACCACAACCACAAUCACAACCAAUGCCAUAUCGGAAAACCUAACAAUCAUUCAAAAACUUCCGAACUCUCAUUUCAUCGAUUCUCAAUAUCAAAACCCUCGCACCGUUUGAACUUCACUUUUCAGACGAGAAAUCUCGAUACAUCCAAAUAUGAUAGAAGAGAAAAAGGAUCCUGGAUUUGAAUGGGGAAAAAAGAAAGGGUUCGGUGGUAAAAACAGGGAGGUGAUUUUUUACGAAUCGUUUAUCUACGACGGUGUUGCUUACACUCUUAACGAUUCGGUGUAUCUUUACAAGGACGAUGAACCUGAGCCUUUUGUUGGUAAAAUAAUCAAAAUAUGGGAAAGUGGUGAUAGGAAGAAGAAAGUUAAGGUUCUAUGGUUCUUUCGUCCCUGUGAGAUUUUGAACUUUUUGGAAGGAUAUGAGGUGCGAGAGAACGAGUUGUUUUUGGCAGCUGGUGAGGGAUUAGGGCUUGCGAAUGUUAAUCCUCUGGAAGCUAUUGCUGGGAAAUGCAAUGUUGCUUGCAUUUUAAAGGACAACAGGAACCCACAUCCAUUAGACGUAGAUCUUCAAAAUGCCGACUUUGUGUGCUAUCGUUUCUUUGAUGUUGGGAAGCAUAAAAUAUUGGAUAAGGUAGAAGAUAAGAUUGCUGGAUUCGAAGUUAAAAAUAUUUUUAACAAUUUAAAUAGUCAAAAGCUUGGUGAUCUUUCGAAACUUGGUUUAGAUGAGAAAGAAGUUAGCGUGAAAGUCACAACGAGUAAUGAAGCGGCAGCUCUUUCAAGUGAAAAAAACAAUCAGCUUUUGGUUGAAAAACUAGAUGGCAAGUGUUUUGACAAUGUUGAUUCCCGCGACAAGACCUUGCCUCAAGAGGAAGAGAAAGAGAAUGGAGUUUAUACGACUUCUUUGGCUAAACAAAAAUCAUUUGCUAAACUAUCUCAUUGCUCUAGAGAUAGUUUGGAAAUGAAAGAAAAUUCUAAAAUAGGAGGAAACGUCUCUAUUGACAAGACUCUUUUGAAGUCUAAGACUAAUUUAGAAAUGGGUGGAAAUGAUAUUGUUGGUAUACCUGAUCGACAAAUCAACAAGCGAUUGGGGGAAAGCAAGGUUUCUGAGAAAGAAAAAUCUGGCAUUUCUAAUGCAAAGAUAACAAAUAAUGUUAAAAAUCGAAGGAACUAUGAUGAGGAUGAUGAUGUGAAAGAAGUCCCUUCGAAAAAACCAAAGAUUGACACGAUGUCGGUUAAACACUCUGAUGACAAGUUGCCUGACAGACAAAUCAACAAACAAUUGGGGGAGGGAAAGGCUUUUGAAAAGGAAAAAUAUGGUGCUUCGAGUGCAAGGAAAACAAAUAAUGUGCAAAAUCGAAGGCACUAUUACGAUAAUGAUGAUGAUGAUGAGAAGAAAGUCCCUUCAAAAAAGCUAAAGAUUGACACGAUGCCUGCUAAGCUCGCUCGUGACAAGUUGCGGAAAGAAUCGUCUACAACUUCUCUAAACUUGGAGCACAAGCUAGAUUACCGUGUAAUGGAAGUUACUCAAAGACCAGACGUUGAUAGAAGCAAAUGGUUUAUGUCAAUGGGUUGGGAGGAAAGAAUGAAAAAUGCUCGUGAGCAAGGGAAACUUGUGCGGCUUGAAAAUUUGGAUCCUUCUUUAACUUCAUCAGAAGUACAGAGUAUUAUUUGGCAUGGCUUUGAAGAAAGCUGUACUGCAAAGAUGAUCCAGAAAACCGCAUAUUCUAGUCCUCUUUCUGGUCAAGCUUUUGUUAUAUUCAAGAAAAAGGAAGCUGCAGAGUCUGUUGUUAGAAAAUUAGAGGAAGGUUGUUUCUUGAUGUCAAAUGGGCGUCCACUUUUGGGAAACUUUGAACUCCCCUGCUUGUCGGGAAAGAAGCCAAUAUUCUAUGGUCAUCAUGCUAUUGAUCAACCUCGACAACGUGAGACGAAAGACGCACUAUCUACUUCACAUUGUUCUCAGCCCAACAACAUUGAAUAUGAUAUGGCCUUAGAGUGGUGUUUACUACAAGAAAGAGAAGACAAAUCUUGGAGAAGAUUGUAUCAGCGACAAGGCGAGGAGUUGAGAAAACUCAAAGCUAAGUUGAAGUCUAAAAUCUAAACAAUCUCCACUGACUCUUCUAUUUUUGUUGGUCAUUACCAUGGAUACGACGUCGCCGUCAACUUCGCUCAAGUUUCUCCUUCUCUGGUGAUUGCGAUUGUGAAUUUUGUGGAAGAAUCAAGUUGUAUUCAUUUCUCUCUCAAGAUCGGGCUCAAAUUUAUUGGGAAGAAAUUCCAGUUAUGGCACCAUUAAAUUAAUGGGCACAAUUUAACAGAGUUUGUUGUGUGCACUAAUUUCUUUGAAAAUUUAACAUGAGCACCUCUGGUGUUCUCACACUACAUCAGGGUUUCCAUUGGGCCAACUCCCAAAUAAAUCACCUACUCUUGGGCUGGUUUCAUCGCGUUUGAUCUUAUAAUAAACAAGUAAUUUUCCCAUAAUGGGAAGGUGUAGAGAUAAGUGACCUCUUCUCACCAAUGAGGAAGUGGUAAGAUGACGUUCCUUUGUGUCAUCACUCAGCAUAACUCCCUUGCAUGCCAGGAUUGAUGGUUGCAUACCUAGAAAAGCAUAGGCCAACAAUGUUGAAUGUAAUAUGUGGAGUGAGUUGAAAUUGGUAAGAUUGAAUAUGUUCUUAUGUUGCUUGAAAAUUUGACUGGAGCAUCGUUGCUCACGAGUUCCAAUGUGUGAAGGAAAAUGUUCUAAAAAUGAAGAUGGAGGACUGGGAGGUUCUUACGCGCAUUAUAUACACAUUUAAAACUUUUAGAGAUGUAUUUUCAAAAUUUUUGAUGGUUUACAAUUCUAAGGAGGAGAAAACUUAGAUACAGUUCCUUAUGUGUGGUUUAUACUAUUUUCUAAUGAAAAUAUGACAAGUGUACUUAAUUAUCCUUUACGGAGUGGAAAUAAGAGAAAUUGCAUAUGUGGAGGAGAAAAUUAUACAUGUCAUAUCUCCACAUGCUUCACACGAACAUCAUUUCCAUGAUAAUAAUGAUAUAAGUUAUAUGAAUUAAUUUGGUUGGUUCAGGUAGAUGGGGUUGCGGGUAAAAUUUUUGAAACCUGUUGCCGAACUAAUUAACAUUGGAGUUUAUGGGUUUGGUUCAGUUUUUGUCCGAACUAAAAAAAUGCCCUAUCCAAACCCCAUGUUUUUUUUUGGUUUGGAUUACAGUUUUGUUUUGAUUUACCGAGCCAAUAAACACCCCAAAUGACAAAUUAGGAACAUUUAAAACAUCUUAAAGGGGGGUUAUUAAUGAAGAAAAGUAGCUACAUUUUUCAACCUCGAUUGAAAAAUAGUCAUGGACAUCCUUGAUAUUUAAAUUACUUGCACAAGAUUGUAUGAAGAUACCACAGUAAAUUCUUCAUUCUUCUGUUAUUUGUUUGGUAGCACUUGAAUUACCAAUUUAGUUAUGACUCGGUUUAAUGAGUUAACUAAAAAAAUAUCGUUAUGGGCUAUGGAACAAGAAGAGGUUUGGGACUUAAGAAGAUUGUAUUGUUGCUCUACCUGUCCUUGAGUGAACGAAAGCGAGUUUGAGGGAGAUUCUUGCCUCUGGUCAAAAGUAAUCGCUUGAAGUGCACACGACCUUCACCUCUCUUCACAUUACAAGGUUUCCUAUGGAUUUCCAAGUAGUCUAACGAGCAUGCCAUUAGUGUUUACCAGACUAUGGACCUCUGAGAUGUCUUACCAUAUUUUCUGACUACUUCAUUGUAGUUUCUUGUUACAAGUUUAGAAACAUAAUUGUUUGUAAUUUUUCUUUAUUUUCAUAUACCUCCUCCUAAAUUACUUGUUUUAUUACUCUAAUUGAUGGUUCUAGAGUUGCAAUGAAGGGUAUCGUCAAUCAUCUAUCACCCCGAUCACAAUUUCUUUAUCCUUAAACCCUAUCUUGUUUAUACCUGGUUGUUCUUUCAAUUUGAUUUCUCUUAGUUAGUUUGCCCAAUCUCAUAAUUGUUCAACAACCUUUAAUGUUAACUCAUUUGUU